AUGGACCAGGUGUUCUGGCAGCUGCUGGUCCUGGUUAUGGCCGUGGAAGCAGUUCAUGCUUGUCCCAAAUACUGCCUGUGCCAGAACCUGUCGGAGUCCCUGGGGACGCUGUGUCCCUCCAAGGGCCUUCUGUUCGUGCCGCCGGACAUCGACCGGCACACGGUGGAGCUCCGCCUGGGCGGCAACUUCAUCCUGCGGAUCACGCAGCAGGACUUCGCCAACAUGACGGAGCUGGUGGACCUGACCCUGUCGCGCAACAGCAUCAGCUCCAUCCAGCCGUUCUCCUUCGCUGACCUGGAGACCCUGCGCUCGCUGCACAUGGACAACAACCGGCUGGCCGAGCUCGGACCCGACGACCUGCACGGCCUCGUCAACCUCCAGUACCUGAUUCUGAACAACAACCAGCUGAACCGCAUCUCCGAACGUGCCUUCCGCGACCUGGCGCCGGCCAUCGAGGACCUGGACCUGUCCUACAACAACCUGCAGACGGUGCCCUGGGACUCCGUGCGCCAGAUGAUCAACCUGCACCAGCUCACCUUGGACCAUAACUUGCUGGAAUACAUUCCGGAAGGAACCUUCGUAGAUCUGGAGAGACUCGCCCGCCUGGACCUGACGUCCAACCGUCUCCGGAAGCUGCCGCCGGACCCGGUGUUCGCCCGGGCGCAGGACUCGGCGCACGACACGUUGCAGGUGUCGACGCCCUUCGCGCCGCAGCUGUCGCUGAACAUCGGCGGUAAUCCGUUGCACUGUAACUGCGAGAUGCUCUGGUUUCGGCGGCUGGAUCGCCAAAACGACUUGGAAACCUGCGCCUCCCCUCCGGCGCUGAAGGGGCGCUACUUCUGGGGCAUCAGGAAGAGCGAGUUCACCUGCGAGCAGCCGCUGAUUACCCAGCACACACACCGCCUGCUGGUUCUGGAGGGGCAGACGGCCAGCUUGAAGUGUGAGGCUGUCGGAGAUCCGACCCCCAUGGUCCACUGGGUCGCCCCUGAUGACCGUCUGCUGGGCAACUCCUCCCGGGUCGUAGUGUACGCCAACGGCACCCUCGUGAUCACCAUCACCACCUCCAAAGACUUCGGGACCUUCACGUGUAUCGCCGCGAACGUGGCCGGCGAAUCCACGGCUUCCGUGGAGCUGUCGAUCGUCCAGCUGCCCCACAUGGGCAACGGAACCGGACAGCCCAGGUCUCGCCUCUCGGACAUCACGGGAAGCUCGAGAGCCACGCCCAAGGGCCCGGCGGAAAAGGAGAAGGCGGUCUCGGUUUCCGAGGUGACCGCAGACUCCGCUCUCGUUAGGUGGUCCGUCAGCAAGGCGGCGCCCAAGGUGAAGAUGUUCCAGCUGCAGUACAACUGCUCCAACGAUGAAGUGCUCGUCUACAGGAUGAUCCCUCCCUCCAGUAAAGCCUUCCUGGUGAACAACUUGGUCUCUGGAAGCCGCUAUGAUUUGUGCGUCCUGGCGGCCUGGGACGACUCGUCCACCACGCUGACGGCCACCAGCAUCGUGGGCUGCACCCAGUUCUUCACCCAGGACGAGUACCCACAAUGCCAUUCUCUGCACGGGCAGUUGCUAGGUGGCACCAUGAUCCUGGUGGUGGGGGGCAUCAUAGUCGCCACGUUGCUCGUCUUCAUCGUCAUCCUCAUGGUGCGCUACAAGGCUGGAGAGGGCGGGGCCGUCCCUGGACCUGGACACGGCGACUCUCUGGAGCUUCCUGUCAGCAAGCUUAGUGACGUCGGCGACGCCUACUCACAGAGCAACGACGGGCGUCUGGGGCAGAACGGAGGCGUCCUCGCGUCCCCGUCGAACUCCAAACCCAACCCUAAAUCUGACAAUCCCAAGGUCACCCUGCGGGACGAGCUGGUGGACUUUAAGUGCGGCUCUCUGCAGAGCAGCUCCAGCUCCGUGUCCUCGUCCUCCGGUUCCUCGGUGGGUUCCGUCGGCGGUCUGCGCUCCUGCAGCCCCAACAGCGCUCUGGCCAGCAUCUGGAGGUCGGCGCCUCUUAAACCGAGACCAAAUCUGGACCAUCUCCUGGGUGCCAUCACGUCUUUGGAGCUUAAAAGCCAAACGGUCUCCGGCUCCUCGUAUCCGUCCUCGCUGCCCCCGAGUGACCGGGAGCCUCUGUUAGGCAGGACCUCAGGCUCCAGGUUUAGACGGAGCCACUCGUUCGACGCCGGUGACUUUGCCGCGUCGAUCAGCAGCGUCUGGACCAGACGGAGCCUCUCCAUCAACGGCAUGCUCCUCAAGGACGACGCUACGAGCAGCAAGGGAACUCUGGAGGGUUCAGAAUGGGUGGUGGAGAGCACCGUGUAGGUUCAUGAAGCUUCUGUUUAUCUUAACGAUGCAGCG